AACCAGUCAUUCUCAUUACUACGUAAUGUGCCGUGCUGCUUAUGGCGGCGCUGGUGACAGUGCUGAAAGCUGUUGGGUAUGAAGUGAAACAGAACUGAUUUUUGUACCAUCUGAAACUGCUGCUUCAAGUUCAGAUCACGCAGAAGUAACAAAACAGAAACCACCCAAGACGAACAAAAAAAAGUUCAACGACGUCCUGCGACAACGGAAAAAAACACAAGGAUCAUUUCAACGGGAGAAAAUAAAAACAAGAAACCAAACGACGCAACCAAAGAACUACGAAGAAGACGAAGACGAAGACUUCCCAUCAAGACGAGCUGAAGAAAGCCUACCGACAAACGACAAAGCAAAAAAAAAACAAAGAAAACACACACACGGGAAAAGACAUUACUUGAUCUGAGACCAGAAGUUUGUGCCUACUCAACAGCUUCGACAAAGCACACGUCCCAACGCUGCUCCCAGCCCUCCUCAUCCUCGCCGUGCCGCCGUCUCGUCCGGGGUUUGGAGAGGGCUGCUCUUUGCUAGUUUUGACAUAGUUCCCUCCUGUCUCCCUUUCUCCUCUCUGUACUCUUGCACUGUUCUUUUUUUUUGUUAAAAAGCAGUGUCAUUACACCUGUCUGCCUUUUUUUCCCUUCUUGUCCUUUUUUUAUUAUUUGGAAAACCCUAUCGGAACACGUGCCAGAAACGUGACAGUUGUGUGUCUGUGUGUGUGUGUGUGUGUGCGCGCGCGUGUGUGUGUGAGAGAAUAGAACAAGCGUCUGCAAUACCUGUACAUCUGCUCCUGUCCGAGGAAUAACCCCAAGUUCCAAGACACAGAACAAGAAAUCAAGAGGUGUGUCGUUGGGGUGGUUUGUGUUUAAAAAAAAAAAAUAUCAAAAAUUAAAAAAAAAAAAAAACCACAAAACAAGCAAAAAAAAAAAAAAAUAGUUUGCAGCAGACAGAGGCAGACGUGUGCUCAAGCGGCCCAGUAAAGAAAGCGCAGAGGGGGGUGGAGUUUGGCCAGAGUGUAUGGGAAAAUAUGGGCAGCCCCUGGAAAGGCUUUGUGGAGUUUACCUUGCCCGCAUCGCCACCCGCUGCGUUCGUUAGCCCUGACCUGGGCAGCACCUCCCCCGUCGGACUCAGCCUGUCGCCGUACGGCCGAUCCUGCCUCCCAGUCCUAACCCCGCUGUUCGAGAUGGAGCGGGUGUACACUGACCCCCCUCUGGCACCCACUGCCGCCUCAGACCCAAGCACCAACCCCGUGCCUAUCCCCCGCUCCUCCUCAGUCUCCUGCCACAGCUCUCGUGCCUCGGGGGGCAAAAAGGUCAAGCGGACCCCCCUGUAUCAGAGAUCAAUGAGCUUUGAUCCCAACCUGCUCCACAACAAUGGGCACUCUGCCUUUGCCAACGGCACGGGGGGCGGGCUGAGGGAGACGGGCGUGGUGGAGAAGCUGCUCACCUCCUACGGCUUCAUCCAGUGCUCAGAGCGCCAGGCCCGCCUCUUCUUCCACUGCUCCCAGUACAACGGUAACCUGCAGGAGCUCAAGCUCGGAGAUGAUGUGGAGUUCGAGGUGUCGUCUGACAGGCGCACCGGGAAGCCCAUUGCUGUGAAGCUGGUGAAGAUCAAGCCUGAGGUGAUGCCAGAGGAGCGUAUAUCGGGGCAGGUGGGGCCUGAGUUGCACGCCUCUCCCUUUACUGUGCUGCAUGGUUAUAUUCAUCCAGUUGUGUCUGCCAUUCCGACUCACCUGGACGGCAAGUCGGCACCGGGACAGGUGCCCACAGGCAGCGUGUGCUACGAGAGGAACGGGGAGGUGUUUUACCUGACCUACACACCUGAGGACGUGGAGGGGAACCUGCACCUGGACACUGGGGACAAAGUCAGCUUUUACAUGGAGACCAACAAGCACACCGGUGCAGUCAGUGCUCACAACAUUGUUCUGGUGAAGAAGAAACAGAUGAGGUGCCAGGGGGUCGUCUGUGCCACUAAGGAGGCAUUUGGGUUCAUCGAGAGGGGCGACGUGGUGAAAGAGAUCUUCUUCCACUACAGCGAGUUCAAAGGAGAUCUGGAGGCGCUGCAGGCCGGGGACGACGUGGAGUUCACUAUUAAAGAGAGAAACGGCAAGGAAGUGGCCACGGAAGUGCGACUGCUCCCCCAAGGGACGGUUAUCUUUGAGGACAUCAGCAUUGAACAUUUUGAAGGCACAGUUGUCAAAGUUAUCCCCAAGGUCCCUAACAAGAAUCAGAAUGACCCAUUGCCUGGACGCAUCUGUGCCAGGAUCAACUUCACGGACAAGGAGCUGCUUUUCGGGGAGAAGGACACCAAGUCGAAGGUGACCCUGCUGGAGGGUGAUCACGUGCGGUUCAACAUCUCCACGGACCGCAGAGACAAGCUGGAGAGAGCCACGAACAUCGAAAUCCUCCCAGACACCUUCCACUUCACUAAGGAGACCCGCGAGAUGGGUGUCAUCGCUGCCAUGCGGGACGGGUUCGGCUUUAUCAAGUGUGUGGACCGGGACGCCAGAAUGUUCUUCCACUUCAGCGAGGUGCUGGAGGAGAGCCAGCUGCACAUCUCUGAUGAAGUGGAGUUCACUGUGGUGCCUGACAUGCUGUCAGCGCAGAGGAACCACGCCGUGCGAAUCAAGAAGCUGCCCAAAGGCACAGUGUCCUUCCACACCCAAUCAGAGCAGCGCUUCGUGGGGGUGGUGGAGAAGGAGGCCCUCGCUGCCGUCUCCAACAAGAACACCAGUCCCAGCAAGAACAAAGAGAAGAAAAAAGAAAAGAGUAAAGUUGAUAAGGAUGCAGAGGAGGGAGUGAUUGCGUACGAGGACUGCGGGGUGAAGCUGACCGUGGCGUAUCACAGCAAGGACCUGGAGGGCGGUGCUCACCCACAGAUGGGAGAUAAGGUGGAGUUCUCCAUCAGCGAGGUCAAGAGAACUGGCCAGCAGAGUGCUGUGUCCAUCAAGAUCCUCAACCGCACUGUUAGUACCAAGAGACUGCUGGGAUACAUUGCCACCCUCAAAGACAACUUUGGGUUUAUUGAAACUGCCAAUCACGACCAGGAGAUCUUCUUCCACUACAGUGAGAUGUGUGGGGACUUGGAGAGCCUGGAGCUGGGGGACACUGUGGAGUACACCCUGUCCAAGGGCAAAGGAAACAAAGUGAGCGCUGAGAAAGUCACCAAGGUGGCAGCAGUGAAUGGUGUGGGGGAGGACGUGGGCACCACCGUGUCCCUGGGGAAGGUGAUGCGGCCCCUGCGCAGCGUGGAUCCCUCGCAGACGGAGUACCAGGGCCUCAUCGAGGUCACCGAGGAAGGCGGUAUGAAGGGCCAGAGCUUCCCUUUCGGCAUCGUGGGAAUGGCCAACAAGGUUGACUGUCUGCAGAAGGGCGAGAUGGUGAAGUUUCAGCUGUGCACCGUGGCGCAGACGGGGCAGAAGAUGGCCUGCAACAUCAUUCCUCAGAGGCGUGCGCUCGUCGAGUGUGUCAAGGACCAGUUUGGUUUCAUCACGUAUGAAGUUGGAGAAGGCAAGAAGCUCUUCUUCCACGUGAAGGAGGUGCAGGACGGGCUGGAGCUCCAGGCUGGGGACGAGGUGGAGUUCUCGGUCAUCCUGAACCAGCGCACCGGCAAGUGCAGCGCCUGCAACGUGCGCAGGGUCAGUGAGGGUCCAAAACCAGUGGCCACCCCGCGCCCCGACCGGCUGGUGAACCGUUUGAAGAGCAUUACGCUUGAUGAUGCCAGCGCUCCGCGCCUGGUCAUCGUGAGGCAGCCACGUGGCCCCGACAACUCUAAGGGCUUUAAUGUGGAAAGGAAAAUCCGUCAGGCUGGUGUUAUUGACUGACCCCCUUCUCCCCCGGGGAAAGAGCGAUGGGUGGAGAACUACAAUCCUGGGAAACUACAUUGACAGGGAAAGGGGAAGCGGCACUGUUUCCCCACACAGAUACUCUGAGAUCUGCAUGCUUAGCCCCUGUCCCUGUCCCACCCCAUCAACACAGACCCCUCUUAUUCCAUUUGUCCUCUGCUCUCCAUGUUGGUGUGGUGUCCUGCAUACCAGCUGAGCUCAGCACUGCAGUAUACAUGGGAACCUCACUGCUUGUGUGUGUGCGCGUGUGCGUGCGUGUUGUGUGUAUGUGUGUGUGCGCGCGAGUGCGUGUGUGCGCGGGUAAAAAUGUUUUAAAGAUGUCAGAGAGAAGGUGUGGCGAGUAGAGGAAGGUAUGGAGGGUUCUGCACCUCCCAGAAGAAAGGUGAUGACUAUAGCAACUUCUCUAGUCCCCAUCUUGUCUGAAACUGGAAAGGUGAUGGUCAGCAAGAGUCAGGAAUUCUGCACCCUUAAUGUAUGUUUAUGUGUGUGCGCGUGUUGUUUUUUUUCUUUUUGCUUCCUCUUCAUGUCAUGCAAGCGAAAAUGAGAGGAUUCAUUUCAUUAUUUUUUUUUUCUCGAAUGUGAUGGGUGUUUUCUAAUAAAAUAAAUUGAAAUAAAGAUUAGCUGUGGGGGUCUCUCAAAGGAGAUUUGAUGUAUUUGUCUGAUGUAUGGCUUGACACACAAGGUACUUCCCUGCUCGGUUUUCAGAGCAGUUUUUAAACUUAUAUCUGCGACCUGGCGUGAAAGUGCUGUGUUGUAAAGUCAGUCCUCAUAUAUAUGUGAUUGUGUAAAUGCCUCCCAUUUUGGGAUCCUUUUUUUCCUUUUCCUCGUCUUGUGAGAAACUGUAGCCAUUUUUAUCAGUUUAGUUGAGUUUUUGGAGUGUACCUGCAGGUAUUUGCAUGCACACUCGCUCCA